AUGAAAACUAAAAAGGAUUUUGAAGCUAUUGUGACCGUUUUGUUCUGUUUUCAAGACUACUCUGCCUUCAAAAUGAAUACUGAAAAGGAUUAUAAAGCUGUUUUGACAGUUUUCUUCCGUUUUCAAGACUAUUAUGUCUUUAAAAUGAAUACUAAAAAGGAUUUUGAAGCUAUUGUGACCGUUUUGUUCUGUUUUCAAGACUACUCUGCCUUCAAAAUGAAUACUGAAAAGGUAAGAAUUGAAUUUUCUAUAAGAAUAAACCCAUUUUUAAUGAUUUUUUUUCUAUUUUUCAGGAUUAUAAAGCUGUUUCAAGCCUUAUGAGAGAGGAUUCGAACUCGAUAUGACUAGCAAUACAGUCAAUUUGGAUAAUUUGGAGAGUUUCCUUGAAAUUUCGACCGUUUUCUUCUGUUUUCAAGACUAUUAUGUCUUCAAAAUGAAUACUAAAAAGGAUUAUAAUGCUGUUUCAAGCCUUGUGAGAGAGGAUUAG